AUGGGCCACCAUCCCGAACCACCGGUGAUGAUUUCGGACAAGCUGCCGGAAUCGUUACGUAAGAAGAUGAUUACGUUCCAGGCGAAGAACGAACUGCCCGUCUUCCUGAAGGGUGGACCAGCCGAUAAGGUCCUGUUCGGCGUUACCGUUUCCCUGUGCGUGGUCGGUGUGCUGGGAAUUUUCAAGAUGGUAUACGAUCUCGGAUUCGCCAAGAAGAAGGCCUAA